AUGAAUCUCUUUUAUGUUUUCGCCAUUUCAAUUUUCCUUUUUGAUCGCUUGGGCGAAGGAAUCGAAAUCAUGAAUUCUAAUGAUGAAACUCCUGGAAGUAUGCUCGAUGAUGCUAUUGACAAUGCCAAGACAGGAAUGAACGAUGCGCGCGAGAAGGUCGCCGGCGCCGUUGAGGAUAUGAAGGAAGCAGUCCACAGCAAAAAGGAAAAGAUGGGCGACAGUGCCGAGGACAUGAAGGAAGCAGUCUACAGCAAUACUGAAAAGAUGGCUGACAACGCCAAGACAGGAAUGAACAAUGCGCGCGAGAAGGUCACCGACGCCGCUGAGGAUAUGAAGGAAGCAGUCUACAGUAAGACCGAAAAGAUGGGUGACAGUGCCAAGACAAGAAUGAAUAAUGUACGCGAGAAGGCCACCGACGCCACUGAAGAUGUGAAGGAAGCAGUCUACAGCAACACUGAAAAGAUGGUUGACUCGUUACCCAAGUCUGCUGAGGAAGCGGGAUCGCAAGUUGGUGAUGCGAUCGAUUCGGGUGUACAAUACGUUAAGGAUUCCACCAAGGACGAGAGCACCCCUCCUGCAACCAUUAGUGAAUCAGCGAAGGAAGUCGCAUCAAAAGUUGGCGGCAUGAUCAAUUCGGGUGUGAAAAAGGUCAAGGAUACCUUCAGCAGCAGCAGCAGCGAUGAAAAGAAUUAA